UUAUUUUUAAAAGUGAUUCAGGGGAAAACUGCCCUCACAUGAUUUAAGUCUCACAGCGGGAAAAGAAGCAGAAACCGAACGAAUUUCGCUUGAAGACCCGCGUCGAGUUUAGCUCUCGUGCAACAGUCCCUCCGGGUGACGUGAGGUUCCUCUCUAUGCUAAAGGAGUUUCACUUCCCUGUUUUCAAGAGCCACUUCCUCCUGUUGAACAUUUUCCAACGCAGCGUACGGCAUAUGUUGUUGCACGAGUGGAGCAUAAUUUCCAUUAGCUCACCUGGGGAGAAACAGUCGUCAUACAGCCACUUCUCUUGUAACAGGAAGCCUGUUUGAGAUGGAGGAGGCUCGACAGGAGAAACCCCUGAACCAGCUGUGAGAAAUGUCGAGGAGUCCUGAAUUACUGGAACAGCGACACACGAGCUUGUUAAGGGCUGCAGAUCCGUGAGCUGGUGCGAUGGAGGAAGCGUACAGUGAACUGUACCAGCAGUUUCUUCGCCUGAGGUCACUUUGCCUGAGACAGGCAGCUCUGUUACAUCAACUCACAACAGCUCUGCAGAAACAGCAAGGUGCUAGUGUUCCUAAUGGAGAAUUCAGUGAUAUGAUGUCCAUCCCUGUGCAGUGCAGCCAAGAAAUCCCUGAAUAUCUCCACAAAAAGCCUGAACCCCUUACGGCCACGGCAGCACCGUGCGGCAUUGAUCGCCUCUCAAGAAACGUGGGGGCUUUCUCUGAUCUCCUCGCUGAAGAUAUGUCCAAGCUCUGUGUGGACGGGCCUCGUCAGAGAAAGGAAAAUCAGGAACCCCUUAAAAGCCUGGACUUUUUGAGGUGGCAAGGAGCCUCUUCAAAAAAUCUGUUGCAAGCAGAUCAUCCUAGUGGAGACAGGACGAUGCCCACAGUGAGGAUGCCUGGGACAGAAGCUCCCUCUGUGGUCAGUGACUUCCGGGGUCCGUCUGACGAGUUGCUGAUGUCAGACGUGGCGCUGCAGUCUCAUGUUUGUGAGUUCUGCCAGGCGGUUUUCCCUGGCGACACAACCACCAGAGGAGAGUUCCUACGCCACCUUUACACCCACGUCACCUAGACUGAACUGAUCCGUCUUUUCCUCCUGGUAUAUGACCCAUGUGUUUAUAUGCUGUGCUGGAGCAGGUGUAGCUCAGUUAAUCUGAUCCCUGGAAACAGCAGUGACGUAGACCUGCUCUUCAUGUGGCUACCUGUCAGCCUGUAGAUGAACUGUGCAGAUGCUGGCAUUGUUUUCUGUCUCUGAGAUGUAAAAUGAAAGCUGGAAAUAGACUUCUAAUCUUCAGUUGUAUGCUGAGCUAUUGAGAUAUUGUAUUUUUAAAGGCACAGUUCACACAAAUUACCAAACCACAUUUUCUCACUUACAUCCACAAAUAGUGUCUAGUCAUGGUUUUAUUUGGCCAGAUUUUGAGAUUCAGGUCUUCACUAUAAUGCUAUACAUUAGUGGUUCUUCCAUUACUGUGGACAAUCCACAGACCUCCCUCUAUCAGUUUUUAUAGGGACUGUUUCAUCCAUGAUGAGAACCCAACCAAUCCAGACCUGAGCAGAUUACACUGAAGCCCGGCCAGACAUCAGUAGAGUGAUGAUUGAUGAUAUGAUUUUUCUUUGAGCGAAGGGUUUACGAUACUUCAUUUAAUACGUGUGGCUCACAGAGAGAAAUCCUAUGAAGGCAUUAAUUAUCAAUCAAAUACUCACUAGUCUAUUCUUAGUUCUUUGCAACCACAACAUACUCCUGAGAUCUCAUGAUUCAUCUGUCAAUGAAAGGCAUCCUUACUGCUUGUCCACUGAUUGUGAUCCUCGGCAGAUGCUUUAAUGUAGCCCAUGACAGCACAAAUACAACUAUAAACUUUAAUGCCUAGACGACAAAAACACCUAGAUUUUGAUGGCUUGCAUAUAACUGAAACUUACUGAAAGUGUGUUCAGGGCAAUAAAUCAUUGAAAUGAGGAGAUUAAUUUGUGCUGUUCAGGCAUAAUUAGCCUUUUGUUCUUCCUUUCUGUCUGAAACUCUAAUUAUAUGGUACAGCUGUAGUUCCUGGGCCAGAAGGACAAAAAUCCUCUGCAUUUUUUAUUUGGGUAACAAACUCAUUUUGUUUUGUUACUGGACGUUUGUGUAUUAUUGAUCAGUUAAUCAGAUGGUCAGUAAUUCCAGUUAUUUACAGUGAGACGCACUGUUGUGUUUAUGAUCUUAAGUAAUUGUUUGAAAAGAUAAUUAUACAGAUGUAUUUGGUAACACUGGAAUAGAUCGCUUUCCACUGCUUCCCUUCUUCUUUAGUAAAGGUGGAGGAGAACCUAGUGCCAUGUUUGUUACAUCACUUACAUCAUCAACCUGUUAUGAAACAGCUGAAAUGGGUUCAUUAGCACUGACCAGUGAAUAUUGCACCUUAAUGCAACUGUAACCUUGCUUGGUUUUAGAUGAAAAUCUUAGUUUGUGUAUUUUAUAAGGAAAAUCUUCAUGCAAGAGAGAAAUGGCUAUUUCUGAAUGUAUAUAUAAAAAAUCUGAUCAUAACAUUUAUAUUUUAUCGAGUCUUUUUUAAUUAUGGCACCACUGAAACAAUAUUUUUUUUCGAGGUGUCAUUAGCAAAAUUUGUUAAUUAAUUCAAUCUGAUUAAGUUUAUUAUUGAAUCCUUGUUCGUACAAGCCUUUUUGAAUUUGCACAGGCAAACAGGCCUUUGCUCUGUGAAAUAUCCUAGUAAACAUUGUCCAGAACUAUGUCCGCCUCAGCUGUUCACACAGUCGAAUGCUCAUCUGGUCGAUCCCAAAAAGACAUUUCAAAGGUUUGAAUGCACAUAAUUAGACUUCCUAAUUUCAUUAAUGGUCGUCCUGCUGCUUUUUAAAUGUUUGCGGUCGAGCAUUGAACUGAUCAGCUGUGCUCUGUGUUACUGAAGAAAGAGCAUGAGCUAAGAAUAGACUGUGAGAUUUAACUCCACAAUUAGUGGUGCUGACAGCUGAUUGAUGAUGGCGGCUCCCUUCAUCUGUUGCUCGCAUAAUCACUGUAAAGAAAACCAACUUGGAUAUAAUUGCUCCUGUAUAAUCAAGUAAGUAAUUAAGCAAGUAGCUUUAUAUAGCACCUUUGAAGAGCAGGGAUAUCACAAAGUGCUUCAUAAAAGAAAUAAAGCUUCCAAUAUACAUAAAACAUGAUGAAAUAGAAUACAAAGAAACUGAAAAGGCAAGUCUAAACAAAUGUUCCAUCUGAUUUCAUUACUCUUACCAGCACAUAAAGCAAGAACUUUGUUGUACACCUCACUUUGAACAAAUCAGAACUGCAGGUGAUGCAGGAGGGGGAGGCUUUUUAUACACAAGAUUAGA